AGUAAACACAAGAAGAAAACAAAAGAAAAAAAAAAGCCGUGGUCAAGUUUGCUUCGAAAAUCAUUACAUUCGCUUUAUUUGUGAUUAUAGCAUGAGACCACGAGUUUAUAAUGUUUUAGGCGAGUUUAACGUGUAAACUAUUUCAUAGCUUACAUGUGUCUUUUGAAUCUAGUGAAUUUAUUUCUCUUAACUAGCUGUUGCCAGCAUCAGGCUACACACAAGGGUACAGUGUGACAAGUAAUUUUGUGGGCUUUGUCAAUAAUGGCAGACCCAGCAAGAAUAAAACCGGAGGAGACUACCGAAAAGAUAUCUAACUCCACACUCAAGGAAGAGGAACAUCCAAAGUCAGAUUAUCAGCAAGAAAACAUUCCAGAAGUAUCCAAACCUGCUGAAGAGAUUAAAGAGUUGCCUUCUACAGAGCCAUCUAAAUCAAGUGGCAAACCUGAAUCAGCAGCUGCUACUGAAGAUGAGGACGAGAGCACCUCUGGUCAGCCUUCCUCUAAAAGACUUAAGAUAGAGCCAGGCCCUGCUCCUGGCCCUUCUACAGGCCCUGCUCCUGGUCCAGCAACGGGCUCAGCUCCAGGCACUGCUCCAGGCCCAGACAAAAAGAAGGAGAAGCGCCACAAAGUAGACGAGGAUGAGAUUCAGAAGAUGCAGGUUUUGGUUUCAUCCUUUUCUGAGGAGCAGCUGAAUCGCUAUGAAAUGUACAGACGAUCUGCCUUCCCUAAAGCUGCCAUUAAGAGGCUGAUUCAAUCCAUAACAGGAUCAUCUGUAUCCCAGAAUGUUGUCAUUGCCAUGUCCGGUAUAGCAAAGGUUUUUGCUGGGGAAAUUGUUGAAGAAGCUUUAGACGUCUGUGAGAAGUGGGGGGACACACCACCACUCCAGCCCAAACACAUGAGGGAGGCAGUGAGGAGGUUGAAAAGUCGUGAACAGAUUCCAAACACAAAGCAUAAACAUAUUAUUUUUCAUUGAUUAAAAAAAAAAAAAUACAAUGUUUGUGUGUAAUAGUGUUUAUUCACUGUUUUAUUAUGAUUAAAAGUAUUCUAAGAUUCAUCAAUUCUUGGAAAAAUGUUUUCACAUAUUGCUGAAAUGUGUUUUAAGUAUAAAUAAUAUGACAACAGAACAAUAAAAACUCACAGCUGU